AUGACACUAACAAAGCUAUCGAUUGACAAGGUAAACGUUAAAGAUAAGCGAGUUCUUAUACGAGUGGACUUUAAUGUACCUCUUAAAGAUGGGAAGAUAACCAACAACCAACGUAUUGUUGCCGCUCUUCCGACAAUCAAGUAUGCUUUGGAUCAUGGAGCGAAAUCCGUAGUACUUAUGUCUCAUCUUGGUCGUCCUGAUGGUCGAAAACAAGAGAAAUUUACAUUAAAACCAGUUGUUGCGGAGCUGAAGGCGCUCUUGGGGAAAGACGUAACGUUUGUUGAUGAUUGCGUUGGGCCUGCAGCCGAAAAAGUGACGGCUGACCCAGCUCCAGGCAGUGUUAUUCUUCUUGAGAAUCUGAGGUUUUAUAAGGAAGAAGAAGGGAAGGGAGUAAACGAAAAAGGCGAAAAGGUACCAUUUCCUUGUUUUCUAGUCAUUUUCGUUGGUAGCCAUGACUUUGAAAAAGUGCUUCUGCAGGUUAAUGAAAUGAUCAUCGGUGGCGGCAUGGCAUUCACAUUCGUUAAGGUCCUCAAAGGCAUCAGCAUUGGCAAUUCGCUUUUUGAUGAGGAAGGUGCAAAAAUAGUAAAUGACUUGAUGCAGAAAGCGAAAGAAAAAAAUGUGGAAAUCCAUCUACCAAUUGACUUCAUCAUCGCGGAUAAAUUUGCAGAGGACGCAACUCCUGGAAACGCUGAUCUCAAAACCGGUAUACCCGAAGGUAAAAUGGGUUUAGAUAUCGGUCCAGAAUCUGCAAAGCAGUUCAGUGAAGUAAUCAGCAGAGCUAAAACGAUUGUGUGGAAUGGUCCGGCUGGAGUUUUCGAGUGGGAUAAUUUUGCCGCCGGAACAAAGGCAAUAAUGGAUGCAGUUGUUAAAGCUACCCAGGACGGAAGUGUUACAAUAAUUGGCGGUGGUGACACUGCCACUUGCUGCAAAAAGUGGAAAACAGAAGACAAAGUCAGCCACGUCAGUACCGGUGGUGGAGCGAGUUUGGAGCUUCUUGAAGGUAAAGUUUUGCCAGGAGUAGAUGCUCUUUCAUCUGCGUAA